GGAGAGUUCUAGGGGCUUCUAGUGGUAGAGCGGGCGCAGACACCCGUCCGUUGGCCCCUGAGGUACCAGAGGGGCCGGGACUAAAGCUGUGUCUUCCUUCCCUCUGCAGUCAUUAUUACCGUGUCUGGAAAGAAUGCUCCGCUCAUUAGAAGAUUAAAGUCUUCUCUAUGACGCAGGCUGCCCGGGUCAAGCCGUGCACUCUGUGACAGAGCGGCGUCCCCUCCCCCCUCCGGGUCACCCAGCGCCUGUACGCCGUGUAUAGAGAGGGAGCAGUGACGAGCGCUGCCCGGACACAUCGCUAUGCUAAUAGGGGGGCGUGUCUGGGAGGAACGCCGCCACAGCGAUGCCUCAUAUAUAAAGUAGUGGGGGGGCGAGCGCAGCAGAUCUUCAGCCUGGGCACACAGCGCGGCAGCUACUCCGCUGGUACUUCUUCUGCUCUUCUUUUUUUUUUUUUUUUUUUCUUCAUCCCCCUGUGCUAGUUAGCGGAUUUAGCCCGACUCCUUGCAGGAGACAGUCGAAGCAACACGGCAUCUCACCAUGGCAGACGAUGAAGGUGGCAUAUGCCAAGGCUGCGACAGCAGUCACUGCAACGUCCUCAGCUGGGAGCAAGUGCAGCGCCUGGACGCGAUCCUCACCGAGACCAUCCCCAUCCACGGCCGGGGCAACUUCCCCACUCUGGAGAUGAAGCCCCGGCAGAUCGUGAAGGCGGUGCGGUGCCGCCUGGAGGAGAGGAACAUCAACGUGCGGGACGUCCGGCUGAACGGCUCCGCGGCCAGCCACAUCCUCCAUGAGGACAGCGGGCUGGGCUACAAGGACCUGGACCUGAUCUUCUGCGUGGACCUGAAGGGAGAGGCCGAGUUCCAGACUGUGAAGGAUGUGGUGCUGGACUGUCUGCUGGACUUCUUACCCGAAGGAGUUAACAAGGAGAAGAUCUCCCCGCUCACCCUGAAGGAAGCUUAUGUCCAGAAAAUGGUGAAGGUCUGCAACGAUAACGACCGGUGGAGCCUGAUCUCCUUAUCGAAUAACCAUGGCAAAAACGUGGAGCUCAAGUUUGUGGAUUUCUUGAGGAGGCAGUUUGAGUUCAGCGUCGAUUCCUUUCAGAUUAAACUGGAUUCUCUCUUGCUUUUUUACGAGUGCUCCGAAAACCCAAUGACUGAAACUUUCCACCCUACCAUCAUUGGGGAGAGCGUGUAUGGAGAUUUCCAGGAAGCCUUUGACCACCUUUGUCACAAGAUCAUUGCCACCAGAAACCCUGAGGAGAUCCGUGGAGGUGGCCUUCUCAAGUACUGCAACCUUUUGGUAAGGGACUUCAGGGCAGCCUCUGAGUCUGAAAUGAAGUCCCUGCAGAGGUACAUGUGCUCUAGGUUUUUCAUUGACUUUUCAGACAUUGGAGAACAGCAGAGGAAGCUGGAGUCCUACCUGCAGAACCACUUUGUGGGCUUGGAAGACCGCAAGUAUGACUAUCUCAUGACUCUACAUGGUGUGGUCAAUGAAAGCACAGUCUGUCUCAUGGGACACGAACGAAGGCAGACUCUGAGCCUUAUCACCAUGCUCGCCAUCCGAGUACUGGCCGAACAGAACAUUAUUCCCAAUGUAGCCAACGUAACCUGCUACUACCAGCCAGCCCCCUAUGUAGCAGAUGCCAACUUCAGCAACUACUACAUUGCCCAGGUGCAGCCUAUCUUUACAUGCCAGCAGCACACCUACUCCACUUGGUUACCCUGUAAUUAAGACUGAGGAAGCUGUUCCGCAUCCAUAUUAAGCAGGGGCAUACCCAGAUAUAUAAUAUGGUGUGAGUUUGACAAUGGUGAUCUGCUCUAGGUUUCUACCUUUUUGUGAAGCUUGUGGUUCCUAUAGAAUUCAUGAGAGCACGAUCAGAACGAUAAGCUCCUAAUUUAUUGGGUUUUACCCCCCCCCCCCCCCCCCCCUCAGCCGCACCUGUCAUUUAAGGCUGACGUCGCCCCCUGUAGUAUGAGAUGGGGGCCUGCUUAAUGGAAGUUCAGGUUGGUGCUUCCUGCUCACUAUACCUUGACUAGAAAGCGGUCGGGUUAGUCAAAAGGGAGUUAAUGUGCUUAUGUCCUGAAUUUAAGAUGCCUGAAGGUUGCUAGACUGGUGAUCUCGUGUCACGUAGAAUGCUUUCUUGGACGCGGUGAACUGCGGUAGGGGUUGAUGCAGUUCUCCCAACUGUCAGAUCUUCAUAAAAGUGAACGCCUCUUCUUUCUAGAUAUCUGCAUAACUCACAUUUGCACAAGUGUGACCGUGCCUAGAGAGAUGGUAGCAAAUGUAACACUUGAGGACCAAAGAUUUCUUAAAGAAACCUACCCAAAACAGGAAAGCAGGGGGGGGGGGGAGGAGGAGAGGAGAGCUUGUGAGUGUACCUGUUUAUUUACUGUAUCAAAGUGCCUGUUUCCUUAAGAAAAUGACCAAGUUAACUUUGUGAUUGAACCGCACAUUUUCAUUUUUAUCAGGGAUUCGAAAUUUAAGGCGAAAAGAGCAUUUAAAAAAAA